AUGGCUGUCGAGACCAACGAUAACAUCCAAAAAUGGCCGCGAAACGCCGGUGGAUUCGUAACCGAUAAAGACGACGUCAGCAGAACAAAGCAUCCAUCGAUAGACACCAACGAUAAUAGCAUCCAGCGCUCGCCGAGAAGCUCCGGUGGAUUCGUAAGCGACAAAGACGUACAGAGACCAAAGUUUGUAUCUUUCGACACAAUCGAUACAGCUUCGAGCCGAUUCUCCGUCGAAUCUCAGAGACCGAAGCAGCCACCACCUCCAGGGACUUACCUUGUCCAGCUCCGCAAAGAAGAGGUCUUCCGCGUCCCUCCGCCGGAGAAUGCUCGCCGUUACGAGUACCUCUCUCGCCGGAAACACAAUCGAUCCACUUUCCGCCGAUGUUUCUGGAGUUUCCUCGCUACAUUACUCGUCCUUUUAAUCCUCGCAGCCCUCGUCGUCGGGAUCCUCUUCCUCAUUUACCGGCCGCAUAAGCCACUGUUCUCCGUGAGCGGAGUCUCCAUUGCCGGAAUCAACCUCACGUCACCGUCGUCUCCGAUCUCUCCGGUGAUCAAAGUCAAGGUACGAGCUAAGAACGUUAACGCGAGACUCGGUUUAAUCUACGGGAAAGGAGGUGCGAUUGAGCUUUACUACGACGGAAUCAAGCUCGGCGAUGGCGAGUUUACGGCGUUUGAACAGCCGGCGGAAAAUGUGACGGUGACGGUGACGAAGCUAUGGGGAUUGAGAAUUCAGUUAGCGAGCUCGUCGCGCAAAGAGCUGAUGGGAUUGGAGAAGAAAGGAAAAGUGCCGUUUGAUCUGAGGAUUAAAGCGCCGGUUAAGUUUAAGGUUGGCGCCGUUACCACGUGGACCAUGACCGUCACGGUGGACUGCAAAUUAACACUGGAUAAACUAACGGUAUCAUCAACUGUGAUAACGGAAAACUGCGUGACGGAAGAAUUAAGCCUGUUGUGA